UCCCUGGGACUCCAGGUCCCUUCUGUGCUCCGCUCCAGCUCGCCGGCUGCCACCGAGGCCUCUGGACAGGGGACUGCACCAUCCUCUUCUCCCAGCAAGGGGGCUCCAGAGACUGCCCCGCCAGGAAGUCGGUGGCCUGGGGACUCGAUCCUGCAGUGCACCUGUGGGAGCUAGAUGCACGAGAUGAAAGGAACCAGGCCCAGCGAGGUGGCAACUGCAUGCUCCAAGAGGAAGUCAGGAUGCUCCAGUCUGCUGGGGGGACUUCGAGGGUGGGGCUGGAGGCAUCAGAGCCCACGGCCCUGCUCCCCAGGGUGGAGACCCUGCCAGAAUCGACAGAGCUCCGUCCACAAAAGCGGAAAAAGGGGCCGGCCCCCAAAAUGCUGGGAAACGAGCUGUGCAGCGUGUGUGGGGACAAGGCCUCUGGUUUCCACUACAACGUGCUGAGCUGCGAGGGCUGCAAGGGCUUCUUCCGCCGCAGUGUCAUCAAGGGUGCGCGCUACAUCUGCCACAGCGGUGGCCACUGCCCCAUGGACACCUACAUGCGUCGCAAGUGCCAGGAGUGUCGACUGCGCAAAUGCCGCCUGGCUGGCAUGCGGGAGGAGUGUGUCCUGUCAGAAGAACAGAUCCGCCUGAAGAAACUGAAGCGGCAAGAGGAGGAACAGGCUCAGGCCACGUCCCUGCCCCCGAGGGCUUCCUCCCCUCCCCAAGUCCUGCCCCAGCUCAGCCCGGAACAGCGGGGCAUGAUUGAGAAGCUGGUCGCUGCCCAGCAACAGUGCAACAGGCGCUCCUUUUCCGACCGGCUUCGAGUCACGCCUUGGCCCAUGGCACCAGACCCCCAGAGCCGGGAGGCCCGUCAGCAGCGCUUUGCCCACUUCACGGAGCUGGCCAUUGUCUCCGUUCAGGAGAUCGCUGACUUUGCCAAGCAGCUACCUGGCUUCCUGCAGCUCAGCCGGGAGGACCAGAUCGCUCUACUGAAGACCUCUGCCAUCGAGGUGAUGCUUCUGGAGACAUCUCGGAGGUACAACCCUGGGAGUGAAAGCAUCACUUUCCUCAAGGAUUUUAGUUAUAACCGGGAAGACUUUGCCAAAGCAGGGCUGCAGGUGGAAUUCAUCAAUCCCAUCUUCGAGUUCUCCAGAGCCAUGAAUGAGCUGCAGCUCAAUGAUGCCGAGUUUGCUUUGCUCAUUGCCAUCAGCAUCUUCUCUGCAGACCGGCCCAACGUGCAGGACCAGCUCCAGGUAGAGCGGCUGCAACACACAUAUGUGGAGGCCCUGCAUGCCUACGUUUCCAUCCACCACCCCCAUGACCGACUCAUGUUCCCACGGAUGUUAAUGAAACUGGUGAGCCUCCGGACCCUGAGCAGCGUUCACUCAGAGCAAGUGUUUGCCCUACGCCUGCAGGACAAAAAGCUUCCCCCGCUGCUCUCCGAGAUCUGGGAUGUGCAUGAAUGACUUCUCCCCCGUAUCUUGUUUUCUGGGCCGGAUGGCCGAGGCCCAGUGGCUGCCUGGCGGUGCAGACUGAGAAGGGCAAACAUUCCUGGGAGCUGGGCAAGGAAAUUUUCUUGUGGCAUUAAAGGACAGUCAAAGGGUUG